CCAGAGCCAAUUAUAUUUCCCUGUAGUGGACGGUAAUACAAUAUACCUGAGUUUUUUUGUGCAUCUCGCUUCCGCUUGGAGUCUCAAGAGAUUAUUUUGCACAUUAAAGGACAGCCCUGUCGGUAACGACGGGUUUCGGUUGAUGUACAAGUGUUGUACAACGGAACACAAUGGUCUCCACUGAUUCGACGUUAUGGAAAAAAUAUCGAGCACUAGGACGCCUACAAGUGCACAGAAUGCAAGCGAUUUUGGCACAAGAAAACAGCCUGGUUUAGAGCCACCGAGUCGUAUUUCAAACGAAGCGGAGCGCAGUAAGUCGGAAUUACAAUGUAUUUCGAGUAAAUCAGACAAGACAGCCGACACGAACACCCAAGCAAAUCAACAAAGGAAUUUUGCGGAUUUGAUGAAAUUUAGAGCCGUGUUUGCCCCAGUUCCGUCGCAGUAUUUCGAUCAGUUUUCAGGUAUUUCGAUGCAACAUCCGUUAUAUGGAGGGGCGAUGUUCCCUCCCAUCGCUUUACCACCAGAAGCACAAUUCUAUUAUCCCUAUGUGUACCCGCCUCAUCAUUUAGCCCUUGGAAAUCCACAUAUGUAUCCCGAGGCGAUAACUGCUCAAGGAAAAAGAGAGCGGACUGGUGUCGACACCGCUCGCAAGGAGUAUAGGGAUGCGGAAUCCGAAAAUCGCGACCGAAAUGAAAGUUCAUCAAAGAAGGAUGGUAGUCCAAAAACAUGGCGAACAGAACCGGACGCCGUGCGUAAAGAGAGUGUUAUAAAAAGUGUUGUGAAAGAAACUUACGAGAAUGCAAAACCCUCGAACGAAGGGAGGGCAAACAGGGACACAAGGGACACACGAACUAAUGUUGAACCAAGGUCAGUUAAACUGGACUACCAAAUAAAGGACGAAGAAACGUUUGCUAGAGCUGAAGGAAAAUCUCCCCCGGUUUUUUCACGUGGUCACGACGUGACUAGUCGUGCUUCUGACCCUCAAUACUUUGUUACAUCCUCGUCAUUGCGUGGUAAAGGUGUUGAUAACCCACAUUAUACCAACGGUAUACCCAGUUACCCCAAUUUAUCAUCUCGACGAGUUGAUGAUCCCACGAGUUCCCACCGUAAAGAUUUGAGAGUGCAUGAUAUUGAGAAGCGUGGAUAUUUGGAUACGCCUAAGGAUCAUGGUCGGAUAAUUAUGGAUAAAGGCAGGAUAAAUGGGGUCAAAGAUUCGCCGGAAAAAGCGAGAGAUGUUGGGGAUAGUAAAUCAAGGGAUGCGAAUGAUCACGAGGAUCCUUAUAUGAAGUACUUAAAACGAGGUGAUAGGUUUUAUGAGGAAAAGGGUGACAGACGAAGAUACAGCGAAGAGUUGCUUUACCGGCAAAGAAUGAGGAAUGAGGAGGCGUUAAAACGUCACAUACGAAGGGAGGAGAUGGAAAGAGACCGCUCCUCCCCUACUGCGGGCUCGGUACACGAGUCUCCCGAAAGGCUAAAGUCCAAUUUCCCGGUCUCGACGGCACACAGCGUCGAGACGAUCAUGAAUGGUCGGGCAAACACAAGUCCUGGCAGGUCACGAGAAGAAGUGAGAUCAAGGCACGAGUGGGACACGAGGAGGAACCCCACUGCUGGCGAUCAUCGCGUUGUGGAAAUACCCGAACCAAAACUGAUCGAAAGUGCGAGCGAUAUGUCACGUGAACAGAGGAUGAUGCCACGUGGACAACAGUCACGUGACGACGAUUCACGAGGACAACGAUCGCGCGAAGAUCACGAGAAUAACGUAAUGCGCGAACAACGUUUACGUAAGGACGACGGAGCACGUGCACCACAAUUGCGGGAAAGUGGGCCACGUGGACAACGAUCGCGUGAGGCUGACGAACGACCACGUGUUCAGAAUUUACUUUCACGUGAUCCAGAACCUCGUUCACGAGAUCAAAGUUUCGAAAAAGAUGAUGCCAGAAUGGCGGAAAUAGAGCGGCUACGAUACGAGGCUGGAAACGAACACAUGCGAACAGCCAGGCCGCCGUUUUUUGAUCCUCGGGUCAUGAAUCCCGGAAUGAUGGAUCACCGGGGAAUUGAUUCUAGGCUGUACGCCUCAAAUAACGAUCCCCGAUAUUCGGGUUUUGACCCCAGGAAGUACGAAUCGCCUACCCGAGAGGGAACGGAUAUCAAAACAAAACGAACUUCGGAUGAGCAAAAUGACGAGAAACGCCACUCAGAAGAACGGGCUGCUCGUCGGAAUGAUGAUCGAGUAUUGUCGGAACAUAUUCGGUCGUUGCAAAACAAUGACGGACGGCCACGAAGCGCACCACAGUGUAGUACUCGGAGCAUGUCGCCUCGUGUGAAUGGUAAUACGGGGAAACAAGGUCGAACUGAAAGAGAAACGAAAUCUCGGGGGGUUGAUGGUUCUUCGGACGCAAAUGAGACGAAGAAAAACGACACGGGCGAUAAUCCAAAUGGAAACUGGGUGACGUCAAAACGCUCCCCGUACAAGGAUGAGCCUGCUGAUGACGUUAUCGUCUCCCAGGGCAACGAAUCCAGUCGCGCGUCCUUUGCCCCAAGGCCUGGGCCUGAGCCAUCAGCGAGUAAUCCAAUGAGAACGGGAGUUGGUAACCUCGUUAUGCCCUCGCCUGCAACAGGGUACCCUAACAUGCCUAUGUUUAAUUCAGACGCGUACUUUCAACAGUUGCUUCUGGCCCAAAACGAGGGGAGGGUACCACCAUUUCUGUACUCCCUACCCAAUGGUGUGUUCCCCCACGCCAUACCGGACCCUAACCACGCUGCGAUGCUCUCCAGCGAGUAUAUGAUGAAGGCUUGGAAUGAAAUUUUACGAGAUCCAACGUUGCAAUAUCAGCUUUUCAACCAAAGGCUAGCGCAGGAGAAGGCCUUGCUUGCUGGGAAAGAUUUCAUGAGCUAUCCACCGCAGUUGAUGACCCCUGAACGACAGAGAGAACUUCUCAAAAACUUUCCUCCCGAGCAAUUGCUUGAGCUUCAAAAGCGACAACAAAGCCAACAACAACAACAGAAACAGCAGCAGGAGAAAAUGGAGUCACGACGGACGAACGAAGGAGAACCAGAGCAAAAAGCGAAGUCCGAGGAAACCGAAGCAAAGCAGUUGCAGGAGAAACGUGAACAAGAGAACGAUGCUAAACGAAGAAGGGACGAGGAAGAGAAACAAGCGAAGUCCGUUUUGUUUUUGAAGCAGUUUCAAGAACAACAAAGACAACAACAACAACAGCAGCAGCAGCAACUCCGCCGAGUUAACGAGCAACAAAUACCGAAGACUGUGAAACCCGAAGCGCCAAAGCAAACGCAGAAUGAAGAACCGAAGAUCGAGCCUUUCGUUCAACAGCAAAACCAGAUGCUGGCGCAACCGACGUUGAAGCCGUGGAAACAACAGGAACACGAUAUGCUACAGAAACAAGAACAGCAAAGGCAAGACGCUCAGUUCGCGGCACCAACGUCCAUGCAACAACAGAAAGAAAAUUUCCUGAAACAGUUGCAACAGCGUAAGUCACAACAGAAAGACGACGAGGAACGCUCGCUGUGGCAGAAAAGACAAAGCGAAAUGCAAAUGAAGUUUAUGGAGCAACAACAACAACAACAACACCAGCGUAAUUUGAUACAACAAUUGCAACAGUUACAACAUUUUAAGCAACAACAGCAACAACAACAGCAACAACAACAACAACAACAGCAAAAAACAACCAACAAAACACAACAACAACAGCAGCAACAACAACAACAACAACAAACUAAACCAGAAGUGUUUCAACAGCAAACAGGUAAACUCGAACAGCAGCAAGUUCAACCGCAAAAAAGUGCGGCAGAUAAACUAGCCUCGUACGAAAUCUCCAAGUUAAGAACUAUUGAUCCUGUCAAGCAACAAACUGUAAAAGAAGAAAUCUCAAACACGCCAACAGAAGUUCAAAAUGUAAGCGCUCCUCUAACAGGACCUUUGGUUAAGGAAGAGAGAAAUAGAUUUCAAUUCCCAGAGCCAAGGCUCGUUCAAGAUCUUCAAUUACGAAGGGCAAGUAUAUCGCCACCGGUCGGUGCCGAAUGUGUUCCGGCGAUUUCCGAUAUCGAGCCGACGACAAGAAGCAAUGCAGCCGAUACUGGUGGACUGUCUCCGAGCUCUGUGUCUGCCGCUGAGGUCCUCUCGCGAUUCCGAAGUUCUGCUGGACAGUUGAGAUUUUUUGAAAGUGAAGUGAAGGAAGAAGAAGUGGAAGAGAGGGAGCCAGAAUCAUCGCCUCAGGAAAUGGAUUUCUCAGCCUCAUCAACGCCCCAAGGAGAUGAAACUCGAUUCCUGUUCUACGAAAAUCCCGAUGAAAGUGAACAUUUAGAAAACUCGAGUGAAAAGUUGAGUCUGAAGAUGACUGGCGACCAGAAACCAAUGAGGUGUCGAGGGGAUCUUAGUGAACUUGUGCGAGCAGUGAUGAGCAAUGAGGAACAGUUUGGGAUAAAGAAUGAAUCGGAGGAUGAAAAUCCGGAGGGUGACUUCCCGCCUGAAUUGUAUAUAGAACCGCAGGAAAGUCUACUGAGUGAUGGCUGUGAUGCAGAGGAACUCUCCCCCCUGUCAGACAAUGACUGCUGGUGGUGGAUAAGCAGGUCCCCAUGUGUCCCCUCAGCAAGGCGGAUACCCCAGUAUCUGGAGGACAAGGAAAAUAUAUUCGCUGAAAUUAAAAGAAACGAAAUAAAUCGUCAGAGCAUAUGCGAUAACAUUAACAGGCUCCGUAAAGAGGCGAAGCGGGGGUUGACGAAAGCGACCAAAGAACGCUACGCCACUCUGGCCAAUCACAAGCCAUUACCGGACGCCGAAAGCGUUUUGAAUUCUGCGUGUACGAACAUCAAGGCCGCUACGGAAAUUGAUGGAUUGCAGGAGGCAUUGAGGGAUCAACUGUUGAGCAUACAGAGGACAUACAGGGAACGAAAUAAGGAACUGGCCCGACUCACGCCCAAGAGUAAAGACAAAAACGAGGACAGUCCAGUAAAACGCGGUCCAGGGAGGCCUCGGAAGCGAAAGAACUGUAGCAAUUCAAAAUCGACCAUGAACAAUGACCGCGAUGCCUCACCUGAUAAUUCGCUAUCCGCUGAUCAGAUCGAGACUAGAUCACCGUCUCCUGAAGCGACUCCAGCCGAGGAUCUUGUCGAGGAGGCUGAGGAGGAGAAAUGCGAGCCGAAGACCGCUGAGAUUUGUGAGGAUAAAGGCGAGGAAAAGGGUACAGAAAUGGUCACUGAGGGAGAACUAGAGGAGGAUGAAAAGCCCGAUCUCUCGGCUGCAAACAUUUGGCCGGACGUUCCCGAACCAACGUACGAAGCUGAAACCGAAGACGUCCCGGAGGAUAGCGAAAUUGUCACGAAGAAAAAGUUGAAGAAACGGAAGCGUGUCAUAUCGGACUCUGAUCCAGAAAUCUCGCCGCAAACAAAUGAAAAUAAUGAAAAACCCAAGAAAACAAAGAAAACGAAGAAAACAAGUAAAUCAAAGACGAGCGAUAGCGUUGGAGAGGGAAAGAAGAGAGUUAAACCAAAACAAAUUGACGAUGAUGUAUUCACUCCUGAGAAUGGAGAUCACGGGUUGGUACUGUUGGCAAAAUACUCCAUUGAGAUAAGUAAUACGCCUGAGGAUGGAAAGAUUUCACCUAAGAAAAGAAAACGUUCCGUGGCCUCAGAUGAGACAGCAGUUAAACAACGAACAAAGAAGCCAUCAAAGCUGAACUUAAAAAGCCCGCCGAAAGAUUCAAAUGAGCCGACUAUUGUCGAAACACCGACGAAAUUAGUGGAACAGCAGACGAAGGAACCCGAACAUGUCCCGAAGAAGGGACCGAUUGAAUAUAAUGAUAACUUAGAAAAAACAGUCAAGAGCAAAGCGAGUAGUCUUUGUCUUCCCACGAACGAUUUUCCACGACGAAGCGAGAGGAUAUUUCUCAGCAGUAGCUCAAGUCUAAACAGUCCCACAACAUUCGGAGGUUUUGACAUACCAACUGUCAAUAAAAAGAAAGCAAAGACUGUGUCAGGGAAGCUUGUGAGGAAAAAGGAGCAAGAUUAUCAGGAUCAGGAGACAUCCAUCGAGGAAAGCAAUGAGACGGAACUUGGCAGCGAAACAGCAAAAAAGAAGAAAAAGGUGAAGAUCAAGGACAAACAGGAUGACAAAAAGAAAAGAAAGUUGAAGGUGAAACGAAAAGGAUCUUUGUGCGAAGGCACGGACGAAGAAUACGAUGAUCAAACCUUUGUCGAGGAAAUCAAACAACUUCCAAAACGAAACAGACACGCGCCUCGACGAGCCACGGACGAAGAAUACGAUGACCAAACCUUUGUCGAGGAAAUCAAGCAACUACCAAAGCGAAACAGACACGCGCCUCGUCGAUAUAUCGAGUACGAUUCUAACGAAGAGAAAGUGUACGAUGAUACAUCUGUGAAUGAAAGAGAUGAGAAUGACGUAUCGGAGAGCGAGAAGAAUGGUGCUGAGUGUGACGCCAUUUCCGAGUCCAAUGACAUGGAACCCUCGGAACAUGAACCCUCGGAGAUUGAGAGCGAGACCGCAGACACCGUGGACAGCGCAGCGCAGGAGGAGGAAGAAGAGAAGAGGCUGGGAGCGAGUGUGGAAAAAGAGAAACACGAAAGUUCAGAUAAGAAAAAGAAUGACGUUAAUCUUGAAGAGAAGAAGACUUUUUGUGAGGAUGAGAUGGAACAUGAGGAUAAUUUGGAUGAUAAGAGGACGGUAGAGGAUAAGAAAGAGGGAAGCAAAGAACAUGACAAAGAUAAACCUCUGUAUCCCUGGAUGUUCUCAAUGUCUGAGUUGUGUAAAGGUCAGAAGAUGCUGUUACCUGUUGAGGGAGUCUAUUAUCCCGGAAGAAUUGAUGCCAUCCAUGUCCCAGACUUGUACGCGAUCAUUUUGGAAGGUGAACGAGGCAGGAGACCACAUUUUCGCUCGUCUGAACAGCUUUUAACAGAAGCGGUCAGAGAUAUUCAACCUGCUUCUCUUGAUGAUAUUCCCAUUGGUACGCGUGUUUGUGCGUAUUGGAGCCAGCAUUAUCAAUGGUUUUAUCCUGGUCUUGUUUCAGAAGUACCAGAAGACGAGAAACUCGGUCGUAAUAGCUGUUGGGUCGAGUUUGACGACGGCGAUAGUGGGGAGUUUCCUUUGCCUGAUGUCAGAAUGAUUCCACCUGAUUUCCCACAGGAAGGAACAGAUUGCGAAUCCAAUUCAGGGUUACCAGAACCCAGAGCGAAGAAAUCCGAACAAAGGACUGGGGAUGGAGGUCUUGAUGAUGACUUGGGCUCAGACUCCGGUGAUAGCACGGUCGAAAACGGACACGACCGAACCCGCGACAAAAGUCGGCGUGAAAAGAAAGAACACUCGAAGACCCGUGACGACGAGUGUGAGCGAUCAAAAACGACGAAGUACCGAACGUUUUCCGAAGAUUCGAAAACUUCGAGAUGUGAACGAAGUAAUUCGAAGAGGAAAGUUAAGCCCGAUUUGGGCAAGGACUAUACGAGAGAGGAGGGGAACACGAGGGACGAUGAGGGUGAAAUGGAGUGGAGCGCUGAUGCAUUUAGUGAUGAGGGACCUUUAAGGAGAAAACGAUUCUCAAAGUACAAUCCUGCUGACGUGAGCGGUGGCGAAGAACCAGAAGUGCUUGUGUAUCCUCCUGAUCGGAUCUGGCGCUGGGCUGGUAAACCUUGUCCUAACAGACGAAAGCGUGGGGGACGGAAAGUGUUUUACAAGUCUAUCUAUAGAGGAGACGAACAUAUCUCGGUUGGUGAGUGUGCAGUGUUUCUUUCAAGUCCAUCAAAAAACCCAAAUUUGCCGUACGUUGGAAAGAUCAUUAAAAUGUGGGAAAGAUUUAAUGGAAGUAAAGUUGUAAGAGUCAAGUGGUUUUAUCAUCCCGAGGAGACGAAGGCAGGACGACGGCCUUCCGAUGGCAAGAAUGGUUUGUAUCUUUCAUCUCACGUCGACGAAAACGACGUGCAGACAAUCGCUCAUAAAUGCGAUGUCCUGCAACUGAACGACUCGAGAAACAAUCGGAAUGCAAAGUCGUCGAACGAUUCCGACAGUGACGUCACAAACAAUAAUAUAUUCUGGUGCUUAGGCACCUACAAUCCUCUCACGGAAACCUUUCCUUCGGACAACGACUAGGAGUUGCGAUAUAAUAGUUUGGCAGACUAGGCACGAUGAUGGCGUGAAUAUGGGGUCCCACAAUCUCCGUUGGUUGAUGCGCAUGCGUAGAACCAUUACCCAGCUGACCUCUUAUAUAGUCAGCGACAUCAUACAUUCGCAAAAAAACCUAAACUUCUUCAUCUUGUGUAAAACCAACGAACGGAAACCACAGCGAGAUGAUAUAUCAUGAAGCAGUAUAAACGAAACCAAUAGUAACCUUGAUAUAACGUCUGAUUGAAAUUUUGGGUGUUUACGGAAGUUCCACAAAGUGGACAACAGUUUGCAUGCAUGAAUCUGCCUGUUUUCUCUAGCACUGAAGAAAAGAGUAUAAUUGACUGCCAAUCCCUAAAUUUAUUGUUGCGUUCAUGUUGCAAAUAUGCACGAAGUGUCCUGGGAUGGCAGCCUGUGUAUGUAUUUGUUCACUCAAGGACGUCAUACACUAGUGAAAUAUUCUCAGUGUUUCAGAAUGCCAUGCAGAAAUGUUUGUGUUGUUGUAAAAAGACUUGUUUAGUGUAGAUACCUAUGUAGCAAAGUUAUUUUAUGAAUGUAACAUAGACGAAAAAAUGAUCCUCAACACAAAAAAUAAACAAUAUUUUUAUACAAAAAUUAAAAGGCAUUUGUA